CUAAAGAGAUAGGGCUGCCAAAAAGAAAAGUAAAUACCAAGCACCGCUUAGACGAAAAAAAAAAAAAGAAACGAAAAGAAAAAGAAAAAAUCCCAAGCACCCCAUCAACAAUACCGAAAUCCAAAAACUUUUCAGCAAGUAGCAGCAACCCAUAGAGACGAUCUUUCUCUCUCAGUUUUAACCAAAGCUUCCCGAAAACAUGCCAUGAUUUGAGCCAUCAACACGACCCCAAAUGGGUUUCUCUACAAACCCCUUCUCCUUUUUUCUGUUCUCUCUAAUUUUCUUUACCAAUCUUGAGCUCAUCCCACUUGUUGAAUCUGCUUCUGACUACACAGCCUUGGUCUACAAGGGCUGUGCAAAGCAGGCCUUUUCAGAUCCGACAGGGGUUUACUCCCAGGCUCUCUCAGCCCUCUUUGGCUCUCUGGUUUCGCAGUCUACAAAGGCCAGGUUCUUCAAGACGACCUCUGGCAGUGGCCAAACCACCAUCUCUGGUCUCUUCCAAUGCAGAGGCGACCUUAGCAAUGCUGACUGCUACAACUGUGUGGGCAAACUUCCUCAAAUGGCUGACAGUCUGUGUGGCAAAGCCAUAGCCGCCAGAGUCCAGCUAUAUGGCUGUUACGUACUCUAUGAGGUUUCGGGGUUUACUCAGGUUUCAGGCAUGGAGUUGCUCUACAAGACCUGUGGAACCACAAACGUGGCCGGAAGUGGGUUUGAGGAAAGGAGGGACGCUGCGUUACAGGUGUUGGAAACCGGCGUGGUUAGCGGCCACGGGUUCUACACCACGAACUAUGAAGCCGUUUAUUUGUUGGCCCAGUGUGAGGGGGAUUUGGGGGACUCAGAUUGUGGGGAUUGUGUGAAGAGCGCUGUGCAGAGAGCGCAGGUUGAAUGUGGGAGCUCCAUUUCAGGCCAAGUUUAUCUACACAAAUGCUUUAUUAGCUAUAGUUACUAUCCUAAUGGGGUUCCCAGGAGAUCAUCUUCAUCCUCUUCUUCUUCUUCUUCUUCUUUAUCUUCUUCAGAAGGAAAUACAGGAAAGACAGUGGCUAUAAUAUUAGGAGGGGCAGCAGGAGUGGGGUUUCUAGUAAUUUGCCUACUGUUUGCUAGAAGUUUGAUGAAGAAACAUGAUGAUCUUUGAUAGGCGAUGGUUUUGCAAAGAGGCAAAGUACUUUUGAGGGGGAGGUGCCAAAAAGCUAAGAAAACCUGGGCGAAAGAUCAGUGCUAAAUCGAUCUACCUGAAAGAACUCUUCGCAUUUCAGCUCAGAGACAAUUUGGCAGUGGAAGUUGUGUUAAAGAGAGAACUGGAUCCCAGAUAAUCAGCAAACAGGCUUUUCAAGAGACGAUCAUGAAUAAAAAAAAGAAAUGGACCAGGUUACGGUAUUUAUCUUCCAUAAACAUAAAAUGGAAGUACUCAAAGUCAAGACCAAUCUUUUCAUUCCAACUCCAUCUACAAUCUUCUCUAAGCUUCAGACUAUUGUCUCGGCUAAACUGCGAAAUAUUUCUAAAGCGUCUUAAGCCAUGAAUUUGAAUGCCUAAACAAAAUGAAAUAUAGCCCUUAAUAAUAUGAAUGGAAUCUGAAAGAACGAUAACUCUCUAUAGUCUAUACGGCAAAACAUAGAGGCACUACUCAAGUCCUUUCAGAGUUGCGACUUCUGUAUCUCUAAGCAAUCAAGCAAAAUUCUUAAUAGAUUUAAACAAAUUGUUGGCAUGUUUUUCUAGCUAAGGUGCACAAGACGGGGACUGACUAAGAUGGAACUCUUUAUGGAAUUGGCGGAUGAGCCAAAGCCUAGAGAGAAUUUCAAUGUCUUCCAAUCACAAAGCACCACAAAGAAGAAAUCGUUUACAGAAUUUCAAGUACAACUCCUGAAUUGCAAAUCAAAUACUUCGAUGAAUCCAAUCUACAGUCAAUGGUUAUUAAAAGACCUCAAAAGGGGGGGCACUCUUAUGGUCUCCAUCAUACUGCAAUGAACACGUUUAUCGAGUUGACACCAUACGUGAACGACGGAGGCAUUAUUUCGAAACAAUUCUUAACGCAAAAUCAAGAAACUUGGGGAGACUUGAGUUCGUCCCUCAUUUGGGACUUGGUAUCAGAAGCAGAUUUGCUUUAUUAAGCUAACUUCUUGGAAAGACUUUGUUUUUUCUGUUUUCUCACCAACCAAACGGCAUAUCAUAGAUAAUCUCAAAAACAUAUCAAACAAGCCCAAAAGAAAGCAGAAGAAAAUAGGAGAUAAUGAAGAACCCUAAUGACGGUAUCCAUUUGCAAAACAGAUCCCAAGCUAUUAAGAAAAACCCAAUUAAAAUUGCUCUAAUGUACCAAUCUGUGAUG